CCAUAAUUUUUAUGGUCUCCAAGGUAGACCACAAUGCCUCGGUUUCUUGUUGGACGCCGAAGGAAAGCGGUGGACCACGUGAUUCCGUACCCAAACAUGGCGGCGAAAGAGCGUAGAGAUCAAACUAUUAACGCGAAAUUAUGUAUCGGAAAUUAUUUGCUUGGAACAACUUUAGGUGUUGGAACGUUUGGGAAAGUGAAAUUGGCAGUUCAUCAGCUGACAGGCCACAAAGUAGCUGUGAAAAUCCUGAACAGACAGAAGAUCAAGAAUCUUGAUGUGGUUGGCAAAAUAAGAAGGGAGAUUCAAAACUUAAAACUCUUUAGACAUCCUCAUAUCAUUAAACUAUAUCAAGUUAUCAGUACUCCAUCUGAUAUAUUUAUGGUAAUGGAAUAUGUGUCUGGAGGAGAACUGUUUGACUACAUCCUUAAACAUGGAAAGCUUCAAGAAAAAGAGGCUCGCAGAUUUUUCCAACAAAUUAUCUCAGGAGUGGAUUACUGCCAUAGACACAUGGUAGUCCACAGGGACCUUAAACCUGAGAAUCUCCUUCUGGAUGCCCAAGCAAAUGUAAAAAUAGCAGACUUUGGAUUAUCCAACAUGAUGACAGAUGGUGAAUUCCUGCGAACAAGUUGUGGAUCACCAAAUUAUGCAGCCCCUGAAGUUAUAUCUGGAAAACUUUAUGCAGGUCCAGAGGUGGAUAUAUGGAGCUGUGGGGUGAUUCUUUAUGCCCUUUUAUGUGGAAGUCUUCCCUUUGAUGAUGAACAUAUACCAACCCUAUUCAAGAAAAUAAAAGGAGGUGUAUUUUAUAUACCAUCGCAUCUGUCAUCAGAGACAAGCAGUCUGGUAUCAUCAAUGUUACGCGUUGAUCCCAUGAAGAGAGCAACAAUGCAGCAAAUAAAGAAUCAUGACUGGUUCAAGAAGGAUCUACCAGUUUAUCUCUUCCCAUCAUCUUGCUUAGAAAGUGAUAUGGUAGACCAGGAGUGCUUAGCAUUAGUGUGUGAGAAACUAAACUGCAGUGAAAGUGAUGUGCGAUGGGCAAUAAAAAAUGGAGAUCCUCAUGACCAACUGAAGAUUGCUUAUCAUCUGAUACUUGACAACAAGAGAAUGAAAAUGUUGGCAGCUCAGGGAGAGAGCAAUGUGAAGGACUUCUACUCUUCUGUUUCACCUCCUAUCUCCUCCUUUCUUAUUAAAGAACCAGCAUCACCUGUGCAAAAGGCUGUGUCUUCAAAUGAAAGUUUUCCAAAUACAGCCAUGACUAAAGCAAGAUCCAAUUCUAACCCAACAACACCCUCCAAAAAAAUACCAUACCUGAGGCUAGCACUUGGAAAGCGACCUAAAUGGCAUUUGGGCAUUCGAUCACAGAGCAAGCCAAAUGAUAUUAUGGGUGAAGUUUACCGCGCAAUGAUGUCUUUAGGUUAUGAAUGGAAAAUAAUAAACCCCUUUAAUUUGAGAGUGCUUAGAAGAAACAGGAUAACUGGAAAAUUUACCAAGAUCGCCGUUCAGUUGUACCAGGUCGAUCAUAAAAGUUACCUCCUGGACUUCAAAAGUCUUCCCACCCCGGAAAUCCCUCCAGAACACACGGAAGGAACUCUAUCGGGAAAGUCAUCCAGAAAAUCGUCUGCAAACUCGUCGUUCAACAGUCUGAAAGACUCUGAUAGUUUCACGAGCCCCACUGGCUCACAUCACACGAUGGAAUUCAUGGAAAUGUGUGCAAGUCUCAUCAUCGCUUUGGCCUGCUAACGAAGUUACAAAUUGUUGAAAGGUGGAGCAUUGUGGGUAAAGUGAUGAGGUGAUCGCAAAGUUUCGGAACUUCGAUCGAAUAAGAAGACUUUCUUGAAUUCGGAGGUUUCAUUUCUCGUCUCCGGCUCGACUUCCAAGUGCGUUAAGUUUGUAGGACUUUGUGUUUGUCGCAUGAGCCAGCCGAGUCCAGUACAGUUCUGACUGGCUUGUUUUCCCGUGCGAAAAGUGGAAUGUCAAUCAAUCAAAAGUGGCAGAUCUGACCAACUUCGUGAUCAGAUCUGACACUUUCGUGCUUAGUCUUGACGUGAAAAGAAGGUACCAUACAAAUGAAAAUCGCCCUAAAUGCAUACAGGUUUUCAUUGACACAAGAUUAAAUUGGAAAAAGACGUUAAGAAAUAUUAGUUCUCGGUUGGAAUAUUUAUAAGGACCUUUACCUUGUUGAGACAUAUGAACUGUAUUGAUAAAUGUUCAGUAUUGGGUAUUUUUUUAAAAAAUAGAUAAAAAAAGAAAAAGAGGGACAUUAUUGGCGGUGUACUGGCUACUAUCAAGACAAAUAACAGAAUGCUACUUACUUGCUUGAAAACUUCUACAUGGAUCAAACGUUAUUGUUUAUCCAUUCUGAUAGCGAAGACUUUGGUUUGAACUCUCUUUGGGAAGGUGCAUUGUGCUCCUUUGGUAUAAAUGUUUUUUCGCUUGUUCAAAAUGAUUGGACAUAAGGCAAUGAAAAUAAAAUUCAUUGGCCUUGGGGCACUAACCUUACAGAAGCUUUGGUAGAGUAGUGAGAUUGUCGAAGUAAAUCUUCAAAGUACAUUGAUAUUUCUGAAUUCCACAUCAUGUCAUCGUCGUUAUUUGUAACAUUUAUUUCCGGCAGUGAAAAUAUCAUUAUUUUCAGUUUCUUUUUUAAAAAAGAAAAAAAAAUUGUUAACAGGAGUUUUGGGAAAAAAAAUGAAGGAAAAAAGUAAGGAAAUAUGACUUUUAUUUUCGUUGUGAACAUUUAGUGCUUUUUGCUCUUAUUGUAGAUACAUAUAGUUGUUAUCAAUUCAUAACCAUGCGAGAUUUAAUGUAUGAGAGAUUCCAACUUACGGACCAAAAUUAAAAAAAAAAACGUUUCAUUAACUAGUUGAGAUGCCCUUGCAGUAAGUGGACUGAUGAUGUGGGAUAAUAUUUACUUUGUAACCGAGGUAACAGUGACAGGCGAACAUAUAUGGGAAAUCCUAUUAACUGGUUGACUAAGUUUACGAGUCAAAAACUAGCUGUCGGAGCAAGUUGGAAUUGAGUGUCAUUUAAUUUUCGUUGCCCCUUAAUUGAUGCAGAAAACCAUUGGUACUUUCUCAGCCAAUGAAGCUCGCGCUUUCUUGGUCUUGAACAAGUUUGCACGGGUUUACUUUGGGUUCUCAGUGUCUCCUUGUGGUGUAUUUUUUUCGGUGUCGUAAUUGGCAUUUUGUUUACUUUGGUCUUAAUUUAUCAACACUCAAUUGAAAUUCGCUCAUAUAUGGCUUCUUAUAAUUGACACAAAAAACUGGGUCAUUUCAUUUUGUAAACACGUUUCGGUGAUUACUGAGUAUUGGUAAUCAAAUUUGCAAGUGGCGUUGUCGUAAAUUAUUUCGUAAUUUGUCCUACUUAGUAAGGGCUGGUCCAAGCUUACUGAGUUAAAGGAGGUAGAGAAAUAUUAUAAAGCGUUUUAAUGUUAUUUAAGAUAUGUAAGUUUUGAAUCGUCUCGAUACCUUGGGCCGAGGCGAGUUAAUUUGUUUCGCGAGGUGAAUUACCCGGAAAUAUUAUUUGAAGAAAGAGACGGGUUUGAAUAAAACUGUAAUAGAUAA